CGGUUCAUCCGUUACAUCAGCCGGUGAAGACCGAGUUCGCUGGAUGAGCUGUCCGAUUUUAUAUCGGUUUUUAUUUUUAAAAGGCAUUUUUAACCAGUUUUAACUAAGCUAUAUUGAAUUACCAGUUUGUUUUAUUGAUUUAAAUACAUUUAAAGCGGCUGGCUGGCCAGCCGAGUGGCUUUACGUGUUUAUUUUUAUCUACAUUAAGCCGAAAAGGCGAUUAUGGCUUUUUAAUGCAAUGAUGUGGUAGCAAAAAGGCGGCGGCAUGCACCAGACAACGCAAACCAACCCUCGCUUUACCAUCCCCGCGACUGCCGAGCAGUCGGGCUCCGGUACCGGCCCCGGUACAGCGUCGAGCCAGCACCCCAUACCUCCGUUACUAGACAGGAGGAAGCUAACGCUAGCGAGUUAGCUUAGCUUAGCAUCUACUGUAUUUCCAGGGUUUCGAUACAUCCUACACCACCGACAUGAAGCCACAAGACAUCGUCGCGGGGAAGAGCAGCCUGUGGAUCUUCGGCUACGGCUCGCUGGUGUGGAAGCCAGACUUCAAGUACAAGCGCAGCCGAGUGGGUUUCAUCCGCGGCUACAAGAGACGCUUCUGGCACGGGGACAACUUCCACCGGGGCAACGAUGAAAUGCCUGGCAGAGUGGUGACGCUCAUCGAGGAGGAUGACGCAAGCACGUGGGGCAUCGCCUUUGAGGUGACCGGCUCCCAGAUUGAGGAUGCCCUCCGCUACCUGAACGUGAGGGAGGCGGUACGUGGUGGCUACGGCACCGAAAUGGUUGAUUUUAUCUCGCGAGAUGAGCGCCAAUCACCAGUCCAGGCUCUGGUUUACAUCGCCACAUCAGACAACCCCACCUACCUGGGCCCUGCAAGUACAGAAGACAUCGCCACCCAAAUCGCAACGUGCAGAGGAAAGACGGGGCACAACAUCGAGUACCUGCUGCGCCUGGCCGAUUUCAUGAGGGGGAGCUGCCCGGGCAUCGACGAUCCACACCUGUUCUCUAUCGAGGCCGCCUGCCUUGCCAUCAUCCAGCCUUUACUGUUAGCUGCCCAGCAGCAGCCUUUACAAAUGUAAACGGUCAAUUCCUCAACUAAACUCUACAAAUGUAAAUGAUUAAAUACGCACAUAUAUUCCUCACACUUGAUAUAAGAUAUGAUUAGGGUAUUAAAUGCUUUUGGUUUUACUGUACUGUUGUAGCUUUAGCUAGCAUGUCUUAGCUGUACGAGCUCUUACCGUGUUGGCGAUAUAGCCUAAAUGGAUUUACUGUAUCACAAACAUUGCAUAGUUCAACAUGUUCAUUUCAUUUGCACUCCAUUACUGACAUGGUCAGUUCUUUUACCUCUGAUUCAGAUUCUGUAUUUGAAUGACCUGUAUUCAUAACCUUUGUUGUAAAAGGGAUUUCCUGUUUGUUUUCAAUGCCUGACAUCCUCAAAUAAAAUGUUUGCAAUUA